UAGCGCGCGGUGACGCAGCCGGCGCGCGGCCAAUGGGCGGUCGGUGACGCCGGUCGGUAGAAAGAGCCCAGAGCGCGGAGCGGGGACGGGGAGCGGCCGCCGCCAUGUGUGACUUCUCGGAGGAGCAGACCGCGGAGUUCAAGGAGGCGUUCCAGCUCUUCGACCGCACCGGGGACGGGAAGAUCCUGUACAGCCAGUGCGGGGACGUGAUGCGGGCGCUGGGCCAGAACCCCACCAACGCUGAGGUCAUGAAGGUGCUGGGCAACCCCAAGAUCGAUGAGAUGAACCUGAAGACGCUGAGCUUCGAGCAGUUCCUGCCCAUGAUGCAAACCAUCGCCAAGAACAAGGACCAGGGCUGCUUCGAGGACUACGUGGAGGGGCUGCGGGUCUUCGACAAAGAGGGCAACGGCACCGUCAUGGGGGCCGAGAUCCGCCACGUCCUCGUCACCCUGGGUGAGAAGAUGACGGAGGAGGAGGUGGAGCAGCUGGUGGCCGGGCAUGAGGACAGCAACGGCUGCAUCAACUACGAAGCGUUUGUGAGACACAUCUUGUCAGGGUGACGCCGCAGGGAGCUGGUCCGGAUGGUGCUGAGCGGCUGAAGACCCCUCGUGUCAUCGUGUGUGUGUCCCUGUUCCCCACCACCACCCCCCCAUCACUCUGGGUUUUGUGCCUUUUCCCUCAUUUUCCUGCCCCUGUCACCAAGCCCCCCCCACAGACCCGCCCCCCCCCCCCCCCCCCCCCGCCGCUGGCCCCACCGGCUAAGUUAUUGCUCCACGGCAACCAAUAAAGUUGGAAUAGUGA